AUGAAAGAGCCAAACAAAACAGAAAUUUACGGCUUUAUAGGCUGGAUCGCGACCUUUAUUGCAUUUAGUAACCAAUAUUCAGUUCUCUUUUUAAUCUGGAGCUUUUUGCCAGACUCUACUUUGAAGUCUAUUGGAAUUAAUUAUUAUCCCAGCAAAUAUUGGGCAUUAGCUGUGCCUUCAUAUAUAAUUAUGCUAGUUAUCUUUGUCCAGAUCAUUUAUCAAGGAGUAAACAUGAUCUGUGCAGAACCUCAUGACUCAUUUAAUACAUUAGAAGACUCUUGCACUCGAAGAAUUGUUAAUGAGAAUAAAGAAUUUCAAGGAAUUCCAGAUAUUUCGGAUAUCCCUGUUAGUGUAGUUAAUCGAGUUUUAUAUGGAAAACCUAAGGAACUACCAAAAUUAACAAACCAAAGAUCAUAUAAAGGAAUAGCAAGAACACUGGAUAAUUAA